AUGGUACCAGGAAACCAAACACAAUUCACUGAAUUUAUCCUCCUGCGAUUUUCUGAGAAGCCAGAGCAGCAGGGUUCCCUGUUUGGCUUGUUCUUGGGCAUGUACUUGGUCACUGUGGUUGGAAACCUGCUCAUAAUGCUGGCCAUUGGAUCUGACUCUCACCUCCACACCCCCAUGUACUUCUUCCUUUCCCAUUUGUCCCUUGUGGAUAUCUGUGUGGUAACCACCACAGUCCCCAAGAUGCUGAUGAGCAUCUUGACACAAAACAAGGCCAUCUCCUAUGCCAACUGUCUUAUCCAGAUGUACUUCUUUUUGCUUUUUGCUUGUUUGGACGAUUUCCUCCUCACUGCAAUGGCUUAUGAUCGUUUUGUAGCUAUCUGUCACCCUUUACGCUAUGCAGCCAUAAUGAGUCCUGAUAUCUGUAGCCUACUGGUUCUGCUCUCCUGGAUAAUAAGCCUUCUAGACUCCCUCCUUCACUGUCUGAUGGUAACACGGAUCUCCUUCUGUACAGACCAUGAAAUUCACCACUUCUUUUGUGAUCUUGCUGAGGUUCUGAAACUCUCCUGUUCUGACACUUUCAUCAAUUAUGUCUUGAUAUAUUUUGUUACUGCACUAUUGGGUAUUCUCCCCCUCUCUGGGAUCAUUUUCUCUUAUAGUCAGAUUUGUUCUUCCAUUUUGAAAAUCCCAUCUGCUCGGGGUAAGUACAAAGCCUUUUCUACCUGUGGAUCUCACCUCUCUGUUGUUUUCUUAUUCUAUGGCACAGAUUUUGGAGUAUAUUUGAGCUCCUCUGCUACCCACUCUUCGUGGAAGAGAACAGUUGCCUCAGCAAUGUUUGCUGUGGUUACCCCCAUGUUGAACCCCUUCAUCUAUACACUUAGGAACAAGGACAUAAAAGAAGCCCUUAGGAGGUUCAUUAGCAGAAUAGCUUUUUCUCAGUGA